CAGGAUUCAUCCUCUGGGGGCCGUGAAUGUCGCAGUCUGUAGCUGAGAUAUUUCAAUCUGAACUAAAAUUAUACUAAACUUCAUCUUCAUCUUCAUCAUCAUUAGUUCUCACAAUCAGAAGAGUCCGUUCAGUACGCUGAUGUUUUCUUUGUGCAGUGUCUGAGAGAGUCUGUCCCCGGUGCGAGCAGCCGCGAUGCUGUGCAGUCGCCUGUUGCUUUCCAUCUACAUCCUCACCUUUCUGAUGGGGGUCCCUGCCAACAUCCUGGCAUUCUGCACCUUCUACCGCAAGGUGCGUCGCAAGGCCGUCCCGAUAGACAUCCUCCUCCUCAACCUCACCAUCUCUGACCUCAUCUUCCUCGCCUUCCUGCCAUUUAAAAUGAAGGAGGCCGCAGACGGCAUGGACUGGCUGCUGCCCUACCCUCUGUGUCCCUUCACCGGGUUUCUGUUCUACGUCACCAUCUACAACAGCACCUUGCUCCUCACUGCUGUGAGCGUGGAGCGCUACCUGGGGGUCGCCUACCCCCUCAGGUAUUCCCUGUGGCGCAGGCCUCGCUACGCCACAUUGGCGAGCAUCAUGUUCUGGGUGGUGACCUCUCUGAACCUCAGCGUCGUCUACAUCAUUCCCUACGUCCAGUGGAGCAAAGGUGCAAACAGUGACAGCAGCAAUGCCAGUGCCACUAACAACCCUGUCACACCUCCACCUACCUGCUACCUGGACUUCAGCAGGGAGGAGCUCAACAUCCUGCUGCCGAUCCGUCUGGAGCUCUUCGUCGUUCUCUUCUGCAUCCCCUUCUUCAUCUGCUGCUUCUGCUACGUCAACUUCAUCCGCAUCCUGUCCCGUCUUCCAAACAUCGGCAGACGUCGGAGGCUGCGUGCCAUCGGUCUGGCGCUCGGCACGCUGAUAGUGUUCGCCGUGUGUUUUGGGCCUUACAACGCCUCCCAUGUGGUGGGGUUUGUUCGCUUUGAGAGCGAGGAGUGGAGGGACGUGGCGUUGCUUUCCAGCACCUUCAACGCCUGCCUGGAUCCGUUCAUCUUCUACUUCUCCUCGGCGACUGUAAGAAGCAUGUUAGACCACUGCUGCAAGAACAUCAUGGCGAAGCUGCACAUCCUGAAGUGUGGAGGAGGAGCUGCUCACUGUCCUCAACAGAAACCCUCCAAGACUGACAAAUACAAGGAAGCACCCGUGCCUUGA